AUACCUCGUCUGUGGUGAUAUUAUCAUAACUAUACAUUAAAGAUCGUGCUUCUUGAUAAUUUGUCGAUAGCUUGUAAGCGGAUAAGAUUUUGUAAGCGUCAAAGUGUGGUAAAUCAUAGUAUUGUAACGGUAGAAAAGUUAUUACGAUGUCUCGAUCCAAAGGAGGCAAAAAAGAUCGUCGAUACCACUGCAAUAAGAUCAACAUCGGUGACAAGGGAAAAGAAGUCGUGGAAAGUAUAAACGACAGUAGUUUGGUCGUGAAACAAUUUCGAACUUACGCAGCUGAAUUGGAUGAUAAACACGAUCGUUAUGAAAGGAUUGUCAAAAUCAGUAGAGACAUCACGAUAGAAAGCAAAAGAAUUAUUUUUCUUUUGCACACGAUAGAUAGAGAAAGCAAACAAGAAAGUAUAUUACAUGAAAGCAAAGUGAGGCUGCAAACUGUGGCUCAAAAUCUUUUUAAAUGUAUUGCUUUGGAACUAGAAAAUCAGCAUGCAUAUCAGUAUCUUAACGCAUAUCGUGCUGGUCUGGAAGAAUACAUAGAAGCAAUUACAUUUUAUCAAUACUUGCAUGAAGGUGAUGUGGAACAUUGGACAGAACUUGAAAAGAAAUUUAUUUACACAAUUUCUGAAAAAUCUGAAAAUAAAACGUUAUCUACUUUAAUUACACCAUACGAAUUCAUCUUGGGAAUUGCAGACCUAACUGGAGAACUUAUGCGUAACUGUAUCAAUAAUUUAGCAACGGGAGAUAUAAGUAGCUGUUACCAAACGUGCAACUUUGUUAGAAAUAUGUAUAAAGGUUUCCUUGGCUUUACAAGCGUUUCAAACAAAGAAAUGAACAGAAAACUUUAUACGCUCAAGCAAAGUGUUCAAAAAAUGGAAAAUGUUUGUUAUACCAUUAAAGUAAGGGGUUCUGAAAUACCAAAGCAUAUACUUGUAGACGUAGCUACCAAAGACUAUACAGAAAACAACGAAGAAUAUCUAAGCUAAUUUAAGCUAAUUUCGAACAUCUGAUAAUUAUUUUUCAAUACUUGCAUUUUUUUUUUAUAAAUAUCAUACAAUAAAAUAA